UCAUGAAACAAUAUUUAAUCUAAAUCAAAACAAAAACAUGUGCAUUUACUGCCAGAAUUUCAUUUAAAAUUUUUAGGUACAAAAUUAAGUAUUAAUUAAGAUUUGUGACUUUUUUUAAAAGGCUAAAAAAGGCAAAUAACUUUAAAAUGGAUAUUGUAAAAGAGGUUUUAGAGAAGCAACAAAAAGAACUUGAAAAAUAUAAACCAGUUACAGUAGAAAAGCAUUUAGAAGUUCGAAAUGAUUUAGGAAUGAUGUUGUGUACGGAUCCGAAUGAUAUAAAUGCGGAACAACUAAAGGAAAAUAAAGAAAAUUUUCUUCAAGAAUUGACUAGAGAUAACGUACAGCUUUUACUAAAUGAAAUUUGGGAUUUACCAACAGAACGAAUUGAUGAAUGUGUAGUUGCUAAACUUCCUCCAUCUACUACGAUUUUACCGCGUUUACGUAAAAUUCCAGGCCCUAAAGUACUUACUAAAUGGGAAAAAUUUGCCAAAGAGAAGGGAAUCAAAAAGCGAAAGAAAGAUAAAAAAAUAUUUGAUCAAGAAUUGGAUAAAUGGGUUCCGACUUACGGUUAUCGCCGUGCUGAAGCGGAAAAAUCAAAGGACUGGGUUUUGGAAGUUCCACAGACCGCAGAUCCAAUGGCUGAUAUGUUUCAACAAAAAGUGGAUUUACGUAAUGAAAAAGUUGCUAAAAAUGAGAUUCAACGUAUGAAAAAUAUUGUUAGAGCAAAGAAAAUGGACAUACCUCGCAGUGGCUACUUAGGUCCCGAAGUGGCCUCUUCAAAACAACUUUUGACUGCAGCAUCUAUUGCUAAAGCUUCAACAGCUUCUAUUGGAAAAUUUCAAGAGAAGUUGCCUAAGGAAAAACAAGCACGGGGUAUUGGCAUCAAAGAACUUAUGCCUGGAUUAAAAAGAAAAACAUCGCAUUUAAGAGAAAUUUCUGAAAAGGAAGAAAAUUUGGAACUCAUAAAAUCGGUUUUGAAUAAGAAACCAAAACUAAAUGUAGAUGCCGCUAUAUCAUUACAGAAGAAGGAAGCUAAGGAGGAAAGGGAAAAAGAAGCAACUGAAGGAGGAGCUAAGAAAAAGGGAAAGAAAGGGGGGUCCAAAAAAGGAAAGGCUGGGAAAAGUAGGCAGUUCAAAAAGCCAAAAGGUGGGCGGGGUCAAAAAGUAAGUGGCAAAAAGACUGCAGGGCGAAAAAGGCGAUAAAAUACAAUAUAGUGAGGGAAUUAAGAGUUGAGUUUGAUAACCGAAUUUUAUUUUUAAAAAAUAAAAAAAAGUAUGCUUAGGAAAAAAAUUAAUAACUCUGUUAACUUUUUAAAAUAAAUUUUAAUCCAAAAUUGCUUAAGUCUUUUUACACAGA